AUGUCUGUAUUAAAAUCUUCAUUUGGAACCAGAUUUGCUUUUUAUUCAUUAGACACUAACCGGACAGGUAAGAUAUCAUUUGAUGUAUUGAAUAAAUAUAUUUAUAAUCUUCUAAGUAUUGAAGAAGAUGCUGAUAAAGAAUUGUGCAUUUUCUUGUGUAUGUUAUGUGAUGUUGAUAAUGAUGGGCUAUUAUCAUAUGAGGAAUUUCUUCAUUUAUUUUAUUGUUAUAGUAUCCAUACUCAAAAAGGUUUCUUUAAAAUACAAGUUGAUAUUAUUAUUGCAGUUUUUAUAAAGUUGUCAAGAGGAACUGAUAGAAAGUGUCAAGGAUACGUUGAACGUGAUGAUUUAGUUUAUGCAUUAAGGAAGUUAAAGUCAUAUGAUUUCAAAGUAUUGAACCAAUAUGAUACUAUAUUUCAAAAACUUAUUAAUUAUUGUGACAGCAAAGGUAAAGGAACUACAUUAAGUGAAUAUGAAUUUAUUACAUACGUUGUAAAACCUGAAUACAUGAACCUUCAUUAUGCUUCUCAUUAUGAGACGUUGUUCAAUAAAUGGAUUAAAGGUAAAAAAGAUUUCAUGACAAAACAAGAAUUCUCAAACUAUUUGAAAUUUAGGUUUACUGAUGGAAUUGGUGUGAAGAAAUCAGAUGAAAUUAUAUUCACAUUAAUUGCUGUUGAUGAUAAAUUUACUAAAACUGAUGUAAAUAUGUUUGGUAGAUUAGUCUCUUUACUAAAUGAUCUUUGUGGUAAGUCACAUUGUUUAGAUAAAAAUCAGUGUUAUGAAUUAUUCUUCAGAUUAGUUGAUGAAGACAAUAGUGGUUCUAUUGAAGGAGAAGAAUUAGCUGUGAUGGUAAAUGCUCUAAAACUCGGUCUUGUAAAGAAUAUAGAAUUACUUAAAGAAGUAGCUGAAGGAACUUCAUUAACUAAAGAGCAAUUCGUUAAAUAUUUAACAAAAUAA